UCUGAAGUGAUGCCAUACCCAAAUUUCGAGAGAGAGCGGUCGGCCCGACAGUGAAACUGGGAAAUGAAGGUUGGUUCUCCUUUUUGGGGAGAGCGGGAAUCGUGAGUGGACCGACAAACACCUCUCGUGAACCAACCAUUCAACCAUUGGACACGCGACGGUUAGGAAGAAAGACAGAGGCACAGACACAGAUACAGUCACAGAGAGACAGAGAGAGAGAGAGAGUUGCUUUAGUUGAGGUGGAAGUGCUUCCAAGAUCAUUGCCAAAUAGCUUCCUCCGCAAUUUGACGUUUAUUGACCGACUUCCAGUCAGACAUCACAUUUAAAGUUGGUUGCGUUGUUUGGAACUUGACGGCAGUGGGAGCCCGUUGGUGGGACGAAGCCAAUGGAACAUCUCGCCAAGACCAGCGAGAAAAAGCAAAACCUGGCUAACUCGGGAAAAGCCCGUCAUCCACAUCAGUGGUGCAAAAAAGAGCAAGUCUCAAGUGUUUCUUUCUCUGGCCGUUCUUAUCCAUCCUUGAACUAAAGACUGGUGGUUCUCAACUCGAUUGAAGACUUGUGUGGGUGUGAAUCAUGGAACUGGUGUGGAUGGUCAUGCUUUUGAGUUUUAUCCUGGUGGGUAGUUUUCACACGGGGCACACUCUCGGGCAGAAUGGAACCCGAGCUCAAUCCUCUCGCUCUCCUUCUCGUCGUGCUGAGUUGCCGGUAGAAUUGCAAAAGUAUGCAGAAAUUCACUUUUCUCACUUGAGUGCCAAAGAUUUGGGUCAAACCGAAAUGGACAAUGACAACGACGUGGAACAUUGGCGAAAGAACCUGGAAAAGCGGCAGAGUUGGCGCAAAAACAAAACUUCUAUCCUGGAAACUAUCUUCAUGAAAGCCAAAGUGGCUCUUCUGAAGAAGCAGGAGCAUGAAGAGGCGGAAACGAAUACAUCCAAUGCAACCCAACCUCGACAUCGAUUUUCCAAUGGUUCGUGUUUUCACGAUGGACAGAUUCACAAGAAUGGAUCUCAGAUCAUUGGCGAAUAUCCAUGCAAGAUUUGUCACUGUUAUGAAGGAUCAAUUCUUUGUUUCGUCCAGGAAUGCCAAGGAUCCCCAAGAAAGGAUUGUACUCCUCUGUUCCUUCCUGGAACAUGUUGUCCCACCUAUUCGUGCACUUCAUCUCAGUCAUUGCUUGGACACGCUUAAUUUUGAAAAAGAGAUGUAUGGGCAAUAAUGAUAAAGAACUAAUAUGAAUUUGUUUUCAAUUUUGUGGUGAAAGCAGACAGCAUCAUUUACAAUAGACUCGAUCGAGUUAUUGAAAACGAAAGUGUGAUCUGUCAACAGCGAAGUUGAGCAAGAUGGUUCAAGUUCGAUGGAACCCGAUGAUUAAUUGCCCUCAGCCAAAAAUUUGAGUGCAUCAUCCCAUGCAAGCUGACGCAGCAUAUGUAUUAACCAUCGAGAACGUCAGUAAUGUCGUAAAAUCCGCCAUCUGAGCCACUGAUUAUUAGUUGGACCUCUUACUCGAAAAUCUACCACAGAGCCAAGACACCAAGAAGCAUGUUUUUUGCAUUUCAUUCGCUUUUUUUUCUCCAAAUCAAAUUGCGUUUUAAUUGUUUGAAAAACUGACCAGAAAAAAAUGAAUAUUAUUCAAACAAAAGCAUUUGAAAUAUGCCAUAAUUUAAUGUUGAAGUAAUCCUCAAGGAAAUCGAUUUUAGCUCUCUAAGUGUAAAUGACUCGAAGGGAAGGGGGAGAGAACUGCAUCUGAAUUGUGACUCUAUGGCAAUAUGCCUCCAAGAAUCCACACUCCGCGACUCUAAUUGAAACUCUUUUUAAAGACCCUACCAGCCGGCCUAAACUUUUAAAUCCCCUGAAGAAUCGGUCUACUUUGCCGAUUGCAGUGCUCAAUCUUUUUCAUUGAAAAUGCAUUUCUGGGACUUGGGUCAUUAAUUCCCAUCCAGAAUCUCCAACCUGCCGUAAAGAAUGUAGAGUCACUCAGAGAGCUGACAUUUGGCGAAUAUGGGCAGGAAAGAAGAGCACAGGCAAUAGCACAUAGGCAAGCACUAGUUAGUAGAUUGAAGAAGCAGAAUGUGAAAAAGACCGCCUCGAGUGAAAUUCAACACCGACUUUCACACACCAACAACUGAUACGAGAACCUGAGAUGAGAGCUGGAACCGAUACGCUGGUUCUCGGUUCUUUUCAUUCUGAUGAACGUCCCCUUAAUUUGCACAAUUGACUCAACCAAGAACGAUUAUUGGCAUUCAGUCGAAACCUAUCAGAACAUGAUCCAGAGACUUGAUUUGUGACCUUAAGGUUUAUACGAUAGAUCAAGAAACAUAGCUAAGCAUUGUUAUGCAAGCAAGCACCCUGGAUUUGGUUGGAAAUGGUACAAAAUACGUUUAAAAAAUAGUUGGAUAUGAAUGUUAAAUGGUGACCAUUUGCAGAACUAUUUUCUUGUUGAUGAAACUGGACGAUGAUUUGCAGUCAAUGACAAGAUUUGUUUGAGACUGAUCCCGAUAAAAAAAUAUCCUAAAUUGACCUUGGUUGGUUCGAAAGUUGGAUGGUAAACCAAAAUGCCAAAAGCCGUGACAAUAAAGCUCUGUAGAUUCAUCAUCACUUCAGUGGCGGAAUCGUAUCCAUCACCGUCAAUGUACGAAUGAGAAUGCAAUUUUGAUCGAUCAAUCUAGAGCAAUAAAUAUGAAUACUACACGUAAAUCCCGAGUUCCUUUACAUUGCAACAACAUCUGCAUGUGGCAUUGUCUUUUUUCUCAGAUAAAAGUGUGUGAUACGUUUUCCGAUUUCUUGAGGACAGG